ACAGACAUGUUAUUUGAUGUAUGUGAUAAUAUAUAUACUUUAAUCAGAUUUUUUUUCUGGAUAAUUUGGGAGAUUAUAAGGAGGUCACAAAUCUCAGAAGAAAGACUAGCAAUCUUGCAGGAUCAAAAAUGGCAAAAUAUAGAGAGGUGCUGCGUAAAUUAGUGCUGUUGGUCGCAUAUGACUCACGGAAUUUUGAACGUUUGCUUUCGAAAGCAUAUAGUAAAAUGGAGCGUGUUCUAUAUCAAAGGAGUACCGAGCCAUCUUCCAUUAAGGAUCUUGUAAGCAAGACGAAACAGAAACAAACAUUAUGUAAGAAAGAGAUAGAAUAUUUCGUGACAUGUGCAACACAAGUCGAACAAAAUAAGGGACAAGGUGGUAAUAAUGCUACCAAUGUAUCAGUACAGAAAGAGGAUAUAGGUGACAUGUUAAAAGCGAUCUGUGACAAAACGCUUAACGAGGAAGAGACUUUACAUCUCACAGAAGCAAUGAUUAAUUCUGGAAUAACUCUGCGAUGGCCUGCCAAUUGGACAGUUGUAGACAAACAUAGUACAGGUGGUGUUGGUGACAAGGUCAGCUUAGUUCUUGCACCUGUACUUGCAGCGUGUGGACUGAAGGUACCAAUGAUAUCAGGUAGAGGCCUUGAACACACAGGUGGUACGUUAGACAAACUUGAGUCUAUCCCAGGCUUCAAAGUUAUGCAGGAAGAAGAAGACAUGUUGCGAAUAUUGAGGAGAGCUGGAUGUUGUAUUGUUAGCCAAACAAGUCAGCUUGUACCUGCUGACAAAAUUUUGUACGCUUUACGAGACGAAACUAAAACAGUAAAUGAGCAUGGACUAAUUACGGGAUCAAUCAUUUCAAAAAAAGUUGUUGAGUCACCUGAAGCAUUGGCUCUAGAUGUCAAAUUUGGAAUAGGGGCUUUCUGCAAAACAACAGACGUUGCAAUAAACUUAUCUGAAAAAAUGGUCAAAGCAGGAAACAGUUUGGGUGUCAAAACAGUUGCCUUAAUUACUGACAUGAACUCUCCUCUUGGUAACGCGAUUGGGAACGCUCUUGAGGUGGCUGAAUCUAUAAAAUGUCUCCAAGGAGAAGGGCCAGAAGAUCUGAUCGAAUUAGUUAAAUAUUUAGGAGGUCAACUGUUGGUUAGUGUUAAAAAGGCACCAAGUUUAGGUGAAGCAUAUGACAUGAUCGACACUACAUUACAGAAUGGAACAGCCAUUAAACAUUUUGUACUCAUGCUUAAGGAACAGGGCGUAACGCCAGAACUAGCCGACAAACUCUGUGAAAAAGGGAUUGAUAUUUCCACAUUAUUACCUCAAUCUGAACACACCGAACAACUCAAAGCCGAAACUGAAGGUUAUGUACACGGAAUUGAUGCAAUGAAAUGCGGAAAGCUGUCCGCAGAAUUAGGAGCCAAUCGGAUUAAUCCUGGCGACGUUAUAAACCCUGCUGUUGGACUCGUUCUGCAAACACACGUUGGGAAGAAAAUUGCUUGUGGCUCACCAUGGGUUGAAGUCCACUAUGAUAACGAGCUGCCUAAUGAUUUUCUUCACGAACUCCAAAAGGCCAUUGAUAUCCGACCAAAUGAAAUUGCAAGACAAAGCAGAUUGGCUUACAUAGUGGAGAAAAUACCAACUGAUGACAUCGUGAAAAUCAAAUGCAACUAAACAAUUCGGUUUAUGUUUUCUAUCAAUAAUGUCUGAUUGUGAUUCAGAGCUUUCUUAUUUGUUUGACUGUUAUGAUUGAUAUUCAAUUCAAGAAUAAGCUAGAAAUUGUGUAAGCAAAGCUUUGUUUGAAUUAUCUUUUAUCUUCCAACUGACUGCUGAUUGAUACUGCGUUGUGUUUAAAUGAGAAAGGUCAAGUGGCAUUCUAGUUUGUUAAACUGUAUAUUAUGUUUGGUAUUCACGAUACAGAACCUGGAAAUUUAGAUUGCAAAGAUUCGUAUGAAUUAUCUUUUCAUUUCCACCAGGUUGCUGAUUGUAAUUGUUGUGUUUUAAACAAGAAAAGUAAAGUCGCAUACUCCGUUUUGGGUCAGUCUGUAUGAAGUAAACUGUAUGAAUUGAAUUCAAUAUUUAAAUGACCAGGAAAAUGACAGAUCACAGUAAAGUUUUCCGAGUCACUUGAGAAUUACUGACGAUUUGAACUGUUUAACGUCAUUAUCCGUUUCAUUUGCAUAAUGCAUAGAUCCCUGACCUGUCCAAUUCUAAUUAUCAGAUUAGUGGAUACAGUAAGAAUUUCACCACAACAUAUUUGUUAACAAAAGAGCAAGAGCACGUGUCAAUGUUUGUGGGUAAAUUUAUUGUUAUUCAAAUGAAAGGUCAGAGUAAGGAUCUAUCAAUCAGAAGAAUGAUACAUAACUUCUACAUAAUUACUUCUAGAUUUAAAAAUAAGAUUUUAACAAAACAAUUCCUAAGAUGAAAAAAAUAAACACUUCAAAUAUAAACAAAAUUAGGCAAAAAAAGAUUUUUUGGUUAAGAUACAGACUACUACGGGGUUUUGUAUUGCUUGAAAUAAUGGCGAACUUCGAAGUGUCUAUUAUUCUUCAUUUAUCAUAUAAAUAUAGUCAAUCUUUUGAAAAUGUAUAUCCAAUUCAUCUCAACUUUACAAAGGAAAAAUGAGCAUAGUGUCAGUUUAAGCCUAUUAAAUCUUUUUAUCAAAUUAUAUAUAUUCCAUUUGGUUUAUAAUUUCGUUUAUGGAUUUUAUUGUCUAUUGUUGUAUAUUGACACAGAAAUCAUUUGCAUCAACGUUUCAACAUUGGUUUCGUUGUAGGAAGACACACACAACACGAUGAUUCAUUGACUUAUGAAACCGUAUCACGUGACUUUUGUAUUGUAUAGAAAUCACUGUGUAUCAACAAUACAUUCAUCUUUUUACAUUUACAUGAUAAUAUAUACCCUUAAGAUACUUCUACAAAUCUGUUAUCAACAUAUAUUAUUGUGAGUGUCAGUGUGAGUUGUUAUUUGAUUUAAUUUAGCUAUUUUGGUGUGCUUAUAGUACAGGUUGCUUCUUGUGUAAAUACUUAUUUGCUUACCUUUAGUUUUAUUGAAUAUUUCCUAGUGUAUUUAAACGAGAUGUGCAAAUUAAAUGCGAUAUCGCAUUUAACCUUUGUAGAACUAUUCUAACAUGAUAAGUAAGGAUAUAUAUGUCAUAAGAUCUUUAAACUUACUUGUUGAUAAACUUAACAUCAUAAUAUUUUUGUUUAAAAUAUUCUACAUUAUUAUAUAUCUAAUAAAUCUAACCAAUCGACAAUCUGCAUUUGUACCUCGUGACCGUCAAAUAUAUUCCCGUAUUAGAUCCAAAAAAAAUAUCAUUUUCAUAUUGGACGUUUUGGUACAUGUGCACCAAACGACUUUCUUAUAUUUUGACUGACGUCAUUUGCGUUAUAUAAACAUAGCGUUUAGACACGCUAAAUGUUAGCGUUUUACUAUAGUCAAUGUGAUAAUUUAGAUAAGUGGUGUCAAUGUGAUAUUUGUGGGAUUUACUGUUAUAUAAUUAUGAUGUUUAUUAAACAUUUAUUACUGA